ACAAAUAUGUAUUACACUUGGUUUGGUUCCUUUUCAACUGGAUUCUCUCCGUGGAAUAUCUAAAAAAAAAAAAACUUCCUGAAUACAAGACUUUAUUAAAUAAGGUUAUCGUCAAAAUGAUGUCAAUACUUUAUCUCCUACCUGUUCUCUUGCAUCAUGGUUUAUCAGCUCCAAGACUUACGGACAAAGAAAUCUGCAUCUUGGAUAAUGGAAAAUUACAUUAUAAGAUAACAGUUCUACAGGACAGGCUUCGUUUAGGAGACCUGCUGCUUCAAGACCUCAUUAAUAAUAACUAUCACUCGGUAAAGAGCAACGUCUUUAAAAGCAACAUUGAUAGAAGAAAGACAGUCAUACAAGUCCCUCCAACCAGUGGGAAUCUGAUCGUUCAUGAUGAAGAUUGUUCUUCUGUAUUUGAAAGAGGAAAAAGGGAGAGCGGUUAUUAUCGCAUACAACCAACACCAGAGAAUGAGCCAUUUCUCGUGUACUGCGACAUGACUGAUGGCGGAGGAUGGACUGUGAUCCAGCGCCGCAGCAAUGGGAGAGUUAAUUUUAAUAAAAAAUGGGAUGACUACAAACAAGGAUUUGGUUCCUUUAAAGGUAAAAACGAUGAACAUUGGCUUGGGAACAAUCACAUUUAUAGCCUUCUGGAUAAAAGAGAAAUGUCACUGCAAAUUGAUCUCAUGGACUGGAAAGGAAACAAACGAUAUGCAAUCUACGAAGAGUUUAGAACAGGAAAUGAACAGGAUAAUUACAAGCUAUGGGUGGGCUACUAUUCAGGCACUGCUGGAGACGGCUUGUCUGGGGGGAGCAACUUUGAAAAUCAAUGGUCGGCAUCAUUAAAGGGAAUGCCAUUCAGCACUUCGGAUAAAGACAAUGAUAGAUUCAUUCACGGGAAUUGUGCGCAGGAGAACAAAUGUGGCUGGUGGUUCAACAGGUGCCAUAUAGCCAACUUAAAUGGCGUAUAUUACAAAAAUGGGAAUUACACUGGUGAAUAUGACAACGGAAUUGUUUGGUCCACUUGGCGAGGCUUGUGGUACUCAUUGAAACAUGUAUCAAUGAAGAUCAGAAGACCCACAUUUCUCGAUGUGGGCAGUGGAACUGGCAUAAAUGGUUAAUUGAAUGUAAUUGCCAAGGACAGGCACCAAUUGCACUGAUGUCCGCUGAAAUAGUGCAAAAGCAGCUAGAAACAGCUCCUGUUAAAAUAUAUUGUUAUAUUUUUCAUAUUAUUUACUUUGCAG